GUCUGAACUCUCGGUGCAAUGGUGAAACUCGGGCGCCGUCCGGCAUGGAAAUGUCACACAAACAUCGGUGUUUUGGAAACAACGCGUAAAGGAGAUGUUUACGCCGCUUCACUGCACGUUUCCCCUCAUACGAUUUUAGGAAACCAGAAAAAGACUCAAAGAUGAGACUCAGUCAUCACAGCCUCAACACUUGAGUUCAUUCCCAUGCAAGAGACAAAAACAUGACAAGCUCUGCAGUUGAAGCUGAGAUGGAGGAGCAUUAUUCAGAGGAUGAAUGCCACAAACUGGCAGCACCCUGUGUGACUGUACAGUUAGGAGGUGGCAGCCCUGCAAAAAAGCCAAACCAUAAUCAGAAGCCAGCGGAGAAGGAGUCCCCAGAGAACCUUUCAGCAAUAAAACGAUGGGAGAUUGGUCCACUUCUACAGUCGUUCAAAUCCAAGAUGGCUAGCUUCACGGAGAUCGUCAUGAGCCCUGUUCGGCUCUUUAAGCCCAGUGACCCUCUGUCAUCAGCUCCACUUCCUGACCAUCAAGAACCAUUGAUGACUGAGUCAAAUAUUGAGGAUUCAACCUGUACUCAUGGGGUUGAGACUGAAAGUGAAACAUUUAGAAAUGGACUGUUUCCAAAAAGGCCUUCUUCGGAAAAGGUACAGUGCAAUACUGCACCGAAACGCCACAGAGUUUCACCAAGACUGAAUUUUUGUACAGUUUCAAUAAGUAACAACCACAAAGCAGUAUUAGAUGAUAUUCAAAUGCACAGUGAGGUUGCAUCAAAUGAAGAAAAUCAGAAUAACUGUCCUUCAAGCCAGUCACAAGCCGUCCUUCAAGAUGAGACAUGUGAUACAAGUCCUUGUAAAGCACAGACUCCAUUCCUCAGGAGUAGGCUAAAUCUGUCAAUAGACAAACCUUUGGAUUCUACAAGUGCCAGGCGUUUGUCUAGUAAAAUCAAUGUUCAAACAUUGCAAGAUGCAAAAAUUGUUUUGUAUCCACUGUCAGGUGAGAGAUGUGAGUCCUGCGGUUCAGGAAGGAGAUCAGUCCUUUUGAAGUCAGAGUCAAACAGUAGCACAAACAAAACUUGCUCAAACAAGCCUGAUCCUGGACCCCCCUCUUUUAGCACCUCAUCUGAUUUUGACAUAAAAGAUAAAGAAACACGCGCAGCCUACUCACGGAUGGCCACCAGGAAAAGCCCUCGAAAGAAACUUUUCUCAGGGUUUACUGUGUCAGCUUCUGGCGAAUUGGCAAAUUUUGAAACCAGAUCAAAGACUCUGGAUGUGGAGAUGAAGGAAUCACGGUCUGAAAACAGCAUAGAGCGUGCAGACUACUUGUCUGGAAUAUCAGACCCCCCAAAGAACACUUCUCUCUCGCAAAAGAAAGCAAAGAGAUGCAGAGAAGCUCCUCAGGCAAAGAAAGACUUGCAGAUAAAGAGUGACUGUGACAGGACGAAUGCUAGAGUGGGAAGAUCUGUAGGGAAUAAGUAUUACAGAGACAAUGGCAUCACUCUGGAAGUAAACAAGCAGGAUGAAACUUAUGACCAGGAUAGAAAAAAGACAAAAAGUGUUUCUUCAAUGCAACCACUCAAAGACCCAAAUUUGCCUGUUGAUACUUGUCAAUCUGAAGAAGUUGAUAGGAGAAAUUCUGUAGAAGCUUCAGAGGAAAUGAGACAGGAGCAGAUUAUGAGAAGUCGGUUGAGAAAAAAUCUAAAAUGUAAGCCAUCAUUGAGUUCCAUCAAUUUAAGGCAUGCCACCGUUAGUGUGUCUUCACAAAACGGCACACAAAAUGACAGUACCAGUAAUGGAUCAUUGGAACAUGUCCUCCCAAAAGAGCCAGACAAGACAAUUGAACCUCCAAAGACAAGACGAUAUCUUAGAAGUUCAACUGAUGUUUUACAGAAGAGAAACCUUCGAUUGACCAGCCGUAAGGGUUACAGCAUGAAUUCAGUGGUUGAUCCAGCAGGACCAAGUAAACCUUCAAAAAGAAAACUACUGCCCAGUGAACACUCUGCAGCUAAGGAGCAGGGUGCAUCUCAUUUUGGACCAAGAGAAAAAGUAAAACCACUAUUGUCACCUGAAACAAAACAUAGGAAACCUACAAAGAAUGUAAAAUGUCCAAGCAGAAAAGACACUUUCGUUCAAACUAGGAAUGGUGCCAUAAGGGGCGAGGUUGAUGCAGGGAGCCCAGAAAAGGCGACAGAAGAUGUUCCAGUAGUGUCGUCGACAGGUAGCGGCUCCAUCCACCUCAAGCGCAGCUACUCCUGCCCUGAAAUCCCGUCCAUAGAAUUCAAUGACUAUCAUUUACCCCGGUGCCACACACAUGACAGCAGCACUACCUCACGCAGCAGAAAGAGCUUACCCGCUCCACUUCCCAUCCACAAUCACUCACCGUCCAAGCGCACUCGUCGGCACACUGUCUGCAGUGUGGAGAUUGAGCGAGAGAUUGCUCCUUUGUGUCUCCGUAAGGAGGUGUACCCUGCUAGUCGGGGUAGCCCGUUGUGCCCUUCAUCCCCUUAUUCUCCCUCCUCCUCUCUCACAGUCCUUGCCUCAUGUUUUUUGUCGAGUCCUUUAGCGUUCUUGUCUAAAAGCUCAUGCCAAGGGCGUAGCCAUGCUAGCGAUGCCAGCUCUGGCAGCAUUUCAGCUGCCUCCAGUUUUGUAGCAUCAUCAUCACCGUCCUUCAGUUCCCCUUUUACCUCCACCCUCACGUCCUGUCAUGCUUUUACCAGCCAAUCCUCUGUUAUCACUCCCAGCCCCGAGACACCUUCUGCCUCUGUGUCAUCACUCUGCAGUGUGUUUUCACAAAGCUCUUUGGAGGGAGACAAUGUGCUUCAGAUGGAGUGUGAGGAGGCAAUAGCUGAAGAAGAAGAGAGAUCCGACUUUGACUUUAAGCUUUCUGCAUCAAUCUCAGAGGAGAAAGCUCUGUCUGACUCUGAAAUCAAGCAGACAGACACAAAGGACGGUCACAGAGGAAAGGUCUCCUCCAUUCGGAUCCGUAAAAAUAUUCCGAAGCCUCAGAAUAAUCUCACCCCAAUGGGACUUCCUAAGGUCAUCAGAAUAAAGAAGAAGGAUUUCAGCUUGGAGGAAAUCUACACAAACAAAAACUUCUGCAAACCUCCUGAUAGACGUCUGGAAACAAUAUUUGAGGUGCCCCUUAAUCGCCGUGAUGGCUCUCAGGCUGUUGUGGGCCCAAAAAAGUUGAAGCGCUUUGUGGAGUUCCCUGAACUGGGCGUUGCCAGGAAGCCCAAGAAGCCCCUAGUUGGUUUGGUGGCAGGAGGUGGAGCUCAGAGGAAGACCGCAGGAAACUCUGGGGUCUGUAGGACCAGACGAGGAGUCGGGGGCUCCUCUAAAGUGGAGGAGGGCCUCACCUUGCAGGAACUGGAGUCGUUGCUCUGCUCUAAGCUUGAGGAGCUGGACACCUGGAUGGCACUUCAGCAGGUCACAGGGUAAAGCAGAGGUCUUGUUUGUUCUGUACCAAACAAUAGCCUUUGUGUGUUUUAUGUUAAAAUUAACUGUAAAUUUAUUAAAGAAACAAUAAAUAUUCGCAGAUAUAUAUAAAAUCUGGUUUCGAUUGCUAAUGUACUGUAAAGAUUUUAAAACGCACCACAUUGUUUAUAUAAUUCGCAAGGUAAUGUGCUACCGAUAAACAAGAAACACCCUUGAAAAGGGGUUGAUGCGCUCUGUUUUUUCCUUUUUAUAACCAAUCAAAAGAAGAGCACUUGUUUACAUCAGUCUGUGGAGUAAGAUUUCUCUAAUUCCUGCUUACCACAUCUCUGUCUCAAAGAACAUUAAACCAUUCCUCUCAAUCUAAUCCACAUUCAAAUUUCAUUGGUUUAAAUGAAUGCCUUAAUACUCUCAGGAUGGCCCAUGUGUUUCAUUCAUAAAGCAAACAGCACAAAAGGCCUUUACAAAGUCAUUGUGGCAGCAUUGAAAACACCGAGUUACCAGAAAGACAAAAGUUUGCAUUGUUCACUUUUAAAUGAUGUUUUUGUGCUUCUCGACUAUAAACACAAAAGAUUUAAAGGUUUCGGUGCAUUCUGUGCUUUUACUCAGGUACUCCAAAUAUAGUCCGUUCAAUUCAUAGGCUUCUGCUUCUCUUUGAUGUAGUGAUUUGUAAUAGCCUCCCGCUCGUGGCGUUUGAGUAUGUUGAAUGGUUUGUGUAUAAAAUUGUUUGAUAUGUAUAGACGUGUGGGUUCUGUAUUUCUAUUAGUAUAUGAUCGAGCUCUUUUUGUAUGUAGUGCUUUGUCAAGUUGUUGUAAGAAGUUCAUAAUGAACAGGUAUAUUUUGACUGUUACACAUUUUAUUACAAAGGCUGAAAGACACGCAUUGUACAAAACAUCAAAAGCACAACAUAUCAAAAUAACUUAUUUACAAGAACAGAAUGAUGAUGAUAAUAAUGUAACCGCAUUCAACAUUUGACUGCCAUGCUCUCUGUGAGUGUUUCGUUUUCACUAAGAGCCUAAAUAAAAACAGCUUGCUGGAUAUUAAAAA